CGCGCGUCGCCGGAACCGCGACGUGCGCCGGCGUUGGUGGAGCCACCGCAUCACGUAGAGUUCACCAACGAGACGGGUCUAGUCCUCUCCUGUGCCACUAGAGGGGAAUACCAGCUGGACUGGCUACUUCUAGACAACAUGCCAGUGGUACCAUUGGCUGGGCUGCGACGUGUCCUCGCCAAUGGCUCCCUGGAGCUGAUGCCAUUCCCAGCUGAGCGGUACAGACACGACGUACACUCCACCACGUACAGAUGUCGUUUGAGAUUAAGCAGUGGUUUCGUUGUACUAUCGAGGAGCAUACAUGUACAUGCAGCUUUAAACAUCCCGUGGGAUGUCCACGUGCCAGACGAAUAUGUAAUAUCUGGCAACGCGGCGAUACUGCGGUGCAUAGUGCCAGUGCACUGCUUGGACAGAAUCGACAGCACUGAUUGGCUGACGGAUGAGGACGUCAGUGUGUUUAAUUAUUUAGGGUCAAAGUAUCAGCGUCUGGAUGACGGUUCCCUGUACAUAAUGACUGUGAGAGCGAACGACGCACACAGCCGGUUUCGAUGUCGAGUCAAAGACCGUGUCACCGGCAAUGUAUAUUCUAGCCAAUACUUUGGUCACAUAAUAGUGACCGAGCCAAAAGGUGGCGUGCGGCCACGCGUGGCGGUGGAGCCGCGAGCACGGCGCGUGCAGGUUGGACAAGAUGUAAAGUUACCGUGCGCCGCUCACGCAUGGCCCGUACCAACAUACAGGUGGUUUCGAGAGCACCACGAUCAACUAACUCCCAUAGAAAAGACGUCUCUAUGGCAACGAGCGCACCUUGUCAGCGGUGGCCUGCUUAGCAUAGAACCAGUGCAUAGAGAAGAUGCUGGGAGAUUCGUCUGCUGGCUGAAUAACACUGUUGGAGGUGAAGCUGUGCACUUCAUGCUUUUUGUUACAGAACCAAUCUCCGUCCGUAUAAAACCAGAAUUUCUUCGAGCAAAACUGAACUCUGAUGUCAGCUUCGAGUGCAAAGUAACUGGCCAUCCUCUGGAGACGAAAUAUUGGGUUCAUGAUGGAAGAAUAGUGAAACCUAACGAGAGACUGAAGAUCUCUGAAGACGGAUUACGACUACAUAUCAAAAAUGUGCAAAAAGAUGAUCAGGGAAUAUAUCAGUGCUUUGCGAAUAAUGUGAGGGAUCAAGGUUAUGCAACAGCUGAAUUUUUAGUUGAUGGGUCCGAGCGCCGACGGGAGUCUGCAAACCGCUCGCGGCGGACUCCUUACGCCAGAAGUAACCACGACGCCGCAGCGGACUGGAACUUCACAGGGAACAGAGAAGCAAAACCGGAGCUGGUGUACUGGUUCUCGGAGCAAACCCUCCAACCGGGGCCAAGCGUGUCUCUCAAAUGUGUCGCCAUGGGUCACCCACCACCACAAUUCACCUGGCUCCUUGAUGGCUUUCCUAUACCUACAAAUUCUAGGUUUGUUGUCGGCCAGCAUGUAACACUCCAGGACGACGUCGUCAGUCAUUUAAACAUCAGUCGUGUGACUGAGCAAGACGGCGGAGAAUACGCAUGUGUGGCAUCCAAUACAGCUGGGAAGGCAAUCCAUGCGGCUAGGGUGAAUGUUUAUGGGCUGCCGUUUAUCAGAGAAAUGCCCAAGGUGACAGCUGUUUCUGGAAGCGAUUUGAACAUCAAAUGCCCUGUUGCAGGGUAUCCAAUCGAAUCCAUCACUUGGGAAAGAGAUGGUCAAACCCUGCCCCUAAAUCGACGUCAAAAAGUGUUUCCUAACGGCACUUUAAUAGUGGAACAAACACAGAGAGCUGAAGACGCUGGAACAUACACUUGCCAGGCCAUGAACCGACAAAGACAUAGCGCUAGAAGAGAUGUUGAAGUGCAGAUAUUGGUUCAACCAAAAAUUUUGCCUAUUCAGCCCUUGACGAACCUGUUACGGGAAGGGAUGAGAGCGGCAAUUUCGUGCCAGAUUCUGGAAGGUGACUUACCCAUAGCGUUUCGAUGGGAAAAGAAUGGACAGCCAGUGACAUCAUCGCCGUACGCUCCCAAUGGCAUCAUAACAAGAAGGAUGGACGAGUACAGUGCGUCACUGGUUAUUGAACAUAUCACAUCACUUCAUAGUGGAAAUUAUACAUGUAUUGCUUCAAAUGUUGCUGGAUCUGAGAGGUUUACUGUACCUCUAACUGUCAAUGUUCCUCCCCGAUGGCGAUUAGAGCCAAACGAUGUGGCUGUAGCAGCAGGUCAAGAUGUAACUCUUCAAUGCCAGGCUGAUGGCUAUCCAAAACCCAUAAUCACUUGGAAAAAGGCAGUUGGGAAUACCCCAGGAGAAUACAAGGAUUUCAUUUUCGAAGGCAGCUCUAGAGUUUUAGAGAACGGGUCAUUAAUUUUCCAACGAGUUGCUAAAGAUGGCGAAGGUCAUUAUCUAUGCGAAGCAAGAAACGAUAUAGGCGCAGGGCUCAGCAAACUCAUUUUCCUCAAGGUCAAUGCUCCAGCUCGAUUUCCAAUGAAGAGCAAAACAGUGCAAGUGACAGCAGGCGAAGCGGCACAUUUACAAUGUGCUGCGUCAGGUGAUGCCCCUUUAGAAAUCAGUUGGCGGAGCCCUCAUCACCACACCAUUGCUCAUCAUUUGGACCAGAGAUAUACGAUUAGAGAGCAAGUGUUAGACGAUGGUUUAGUAUCAGAGUUGAGCAUCUUGCAGACAUAUAGACAGGAUACAGGAGCAUUGACUUGCAGAGCCUCGAACACAUACGGUCAAGAUGAAAUGCUUAUACAUUUAGUUGUUCAAGAGGUACCAGAGAUGCCGAAAAACAUAAGAAUAAUAGACCAACAGUCUAGAUCUAUACAAAUAUCGUGGACACAACCGUAUGCUGGAAACAGCCCCAUUAUCAAUUACAUCGUUCAAUACAAGGAAGCACCAGAUUCAUGGCCAUCGACACCACAAAAAGUGAUAGUACCAGGCAGUGUGACGUCAGCAAGCGUCCAGAAUCUUCAACCGGCCACAUCGUACCACCUUCGCAUUAUCGCUGAGAAUCGACUAGGCCAGAGCGAACCAAGUCAACUUGUUCAAGUAACUACUACGGAAGAAGUGCCCAGUGGUCCACCACUCGAUGUUAGAGUUGAGGCGAAAAGUUCAACCGAACUGAUUGUAAGUUGGGAACCUCCACAAAGAGAUCUGUGGAACGGAAACAUACUGGGAUACUACGUUGGAUUUCAAGAACUGAAUAGCAACAGCUCAGUUCUAAGCGCAAGCGGUCCAGGCGGAGCGUCCUACACGGUCAGAACAGUCGAAGGUGCAGGCACAGCACGCGCUAGGACCACUCUAUCAGGACUGCAGAAGCACACAGCGUAUGCAGUUGUCGUUCAAGCGUAUAAUAGCAGAGGGGCUGGACCUGCCUCACCGCCUACUACUGCUACAACUAUGGAAGAUGUGCCAAGUCUUCCACCUGGAGCUCUCCAAUGCACAGCGUUGAGUUCUCAGUCAGUUCGAGUGACUUGGGAACCUCCACCGACGAGAGGUCGCAAUGGCGUCCUUCAAGGCUACAGGGUCACUUACGCCCCGGUCACUGAUUGGUAUGGAAGCGAAGAAGCAGUAACAAAACAAAUAUCAGGACUUCACACGACACUGUCCGGGCUACGACGGUAUACAAACUACUCGGUUACUGUUUGUGCCUUUACUGCAGCGGGGGAUGGAGUUAGGGCAGCUCCAGUAUACUGCCAUACGGAAGAAGAUGUUCCAUCAGCCCCAGCUGAUAUAAAAGCAGUAGUAUCAUCAAGAAAUAAGAUCUUAGUGUCUUGGCUUCCACCGGCUUCACCAAACGGGGUCCUCGUUGGAUAUACUCUUUAUAUGAGCGUCAUAGAAGAUGGAAGAGAGGAGGGAACUCACAAACGAAUGCUAUCACCAAGCACAUUAUCACACGAAACUUCAAGAUCUCCUCCACGUGCCACUCACCAAUUCUGGGUUUCCGCAUCUACUAGGCUUGGGGAAGGAGAGGCUACACGUGUUGUAACCGUAUUACCCACAGAUUCAGUGCCAGCAAGAAUAACAUCAUUCAGCCGUAGCAUCGUUACACCCUGGAAAGAGAACAUCUCUCUGUCCUGCAACAAAGUGGGGGUGCCGACACCUUCUACGAUGUGGAGUAUGAACGGAGCUGCUUUAGAAUCUACUCUGAGGAAAAAUGUUACAAGCGAUGGAACACUCAUCAUCAGCAUGACACAAUAUGCAGACAGCGGCAACUACACGUGUACGGUGGACAAUCCUCAUGGCCGCGACGAAGUGACAUACAGUGUGGAAGUAAAGGUGCCUCCGCAACCACCUGUGUUGGCUGUUGUUGAUUCUUAUGCAGACUCGCUACAUCUGCAGUGGAGCGAUCAAGGCGAUGGUGGCAGCCCUAUAUUAGGUUACGUAAUAAACUACAAACGUGAACAUGGCGACUGGGAAGAAUUACAAGUUGAGGCUGGGACUUCAGAACAUGUACUACCCAACCUCUGGUGUGGGACUAGGUAUCAGUUGUACAUAACUGCUUUUAACCGGAUCGGGACUGGAUUGCCUUGUGACAUUGUACACGCCUAUACCAAAGGAACUGUGCCUGUAAAACCGAAACAUUCUCAAAUGAUAACGCUUAAUACGACUACGGUGACAGUAUGGUUGGAUUCAUGGGGUGAUGGAGGAUGUGGGAUUCUCUAUUUCGUCAUUGAAUAUCGAGAGAUUAGCCAGUCUCAGUGGCGUCUGGUAUCGAACAGCGUGCAAGCAACCGAGCGUGUAUUCAGCGUAACAGGAUUAACACCGGCGACGCAAUACCAGCUGAGGAUCACCGCUCACAACAACGCAGGACAUGCUGUUGCUCUUUACAACUUUACUACGCAUUCUCUUAGUGGCAUGCUAGAUAACGAGCUAUCGCCUCCUGUACCCGCAGCGGGGGCACGAUCGCUAGGUGGCGCUCGCGUCAUCUUGCCAGCCGCAUUGUCGCUGCUCGUGUUGGGCGCUUUGAUUGCCAUAGUUCUGCUUGUCAGGAGAAACAAAACAGGCGGUACAGAAACGGUAGCUACGGAAAGCGGCGUAGGCGAAUCUCCAUCAGUAGCGCAAUUGCAGAAUAAAGUGAACCGCGACCAGCAGUACCUUGCAGCGCGCGCCCAGCACCCCGCACCGCAGCACCAUUACAAACAUGCUUCGAAUGAAUACAUAGAAGACAUCUGUCCGUACGCGACGUUCCAACUGACGAAACCGACGGCAUACAGCGAAAGCAGCUACAGCGGCAACGUAUACAGUGGACCUUACCACUCCGUCAGAGGGUCCUUUGUGUAUCAUGACUUGAAACAAAAUGACAAAUAUAAGGGCAAAGAACCAGAGUACACAAAAGUGCGAAGAAAAGGCAACAGACUCCGAGACCCGCACUCAGAAAGCCAAGAAUCGGACAACUUGGGCUCAACGGACUCGGAGGUGAAGAAGAUACUAACGCUGCACCUGCCAAUUACAGAGUACGAGAACGACGAGAGCGAUGACGCGAGCGCACCACAUUCUGACAGCGAGUCAGCCACACGGCUCAGACCUGCACAUCCUACUACUUAUCCAAGCGUAGAGCGCGAAGAAUCUUCAUCUUCAUCAGAAAAUUCAAUAGGCGGCGUGGUUCGCAAGGCGUUUCCGUCGCGAAAGGGUAAAGCCGGAGCUCUGGGUAAACGACACGUGCGGUCUUCGAGCGGAUACAGUAGUCACAAUGACGAGACAACAUUCAGUAUAUCAAACUACCCUUCGUUCAACGACCACAUCCACCCACCGUCGCGGUUUUCAGACGACACGGAGUGCGAGGGCCACCAUCGACGCAAGCGCAGCGCGCACCACCACUCCUCCCACACGCCCGACAACAAGAUGUCCAGAGAAGCCUUCCAGAUUAAUGUUUGAGGAACGUAAUGCCAUCGAAGCAGGCAAAGUAUGGCUCGUAUAGCUUGUGCUGGCAUCUACCGGUGAAAUCAUCAUACACACGACCAACUCACUUCUCUUCCCUAAUGAAACUUUAACGACAUCGACUUUUAUCUUGACAAAAAAAUUGUUAUAAAUUAGGACUAUUGUAUCUCUUAUGAUUAUGAGUCUUUUGGUCUCUUUCUACGCUCAAAAUGAGCUAUACCAAAAGUAUUAUAACUCGAUCAUUUUCUAACUUGUUGCCAAAGUACUAUAAUAAUCAUGUACAUACAAUUUGUAGAUAGGUUAUAGCUAAAAAUAAUAAUAUGGAUUAGU